CGCAAUAUGUCAUCGCUACUCUUGUGCAAUACGCAAAUGCGAACUAAAAGUCAAAGAAGGUAACCAACGGGCUGAAACUGCAGAGAGUGUUAGGCGUCUUAUAAGCUCGUCCUGCAAAUAUAUCGCCACCUCGUUUUUAAAGUAAGGCUAUUAGGUGCGACGAACUUGGCAUUUUAGGACCUAAUUGAAAGGAUCUGAUUUGUUAUGUGUAAAUAUAUCCGAUUUGAAUGGAGAAGCAUUUGAGUAUGAAAUGGACAACUAAGAUUCAUCGAUGGGAUAGCUCGUCAAUUCCAGGUUCCAGACUAGAAUUUCGAAGUUACCCAUGUUUUCUGAUGUCUACGAAUUGGUACUUGUAUUACGUCUCAGAUUAUUUUGGCGGCAAAUUAAAAUCGCAAAAUUUUGGUAAUAAAUAUUGGACUACUGUGCAACUUCGCAGGGAAAAUGAUGGUAAGAAACUUAAAGUAAAUGGAAUUUGCUACAUUGAAUCAAAAAACCGUAUCUUUAAUAAGCACUAUUUGCAUCACAUUAUAGACAGCGAAGUCAAACACAUAAGAAUUUCUAACUAUAAUGAAGCAUGUCUUCCUGAAAAUGACAUAACUAUAUGUUGUGAAGCAUGGAUUACCGAAUUAACAGAAAAGGAAGGAAGAUCAGUGCAGACUCUGCCAACAUUCUUUAAGCUGUCGGGCGAUAUGUAUGUAAUGUAUCAGAAGCAGGACCACUCCGACUUGAUUGCCAUCUGUCAAGACAAAGAAAUCCGUGUUCACAAGUGCAUCCUUUCAGCCAGAUCUCCAGUAUUUGCUAAGAUGUUCCAGCACGCCACAAGUGAAAACUCCGACAACCGAAUAGUCAUUACUGACAUCGAACCUGAUGUCUUUGAGGAGCUACUGCAGUUUCUGUAUUGUGGGAAAAUAAACCCGUCCACUUACUCGAAGGCCCAUGAUUUGUAUUAUGCAGCCGAAAAAUAUUUCGUAUCGGAUCUGAAAGAUCUGUGUCGUGAUUUUAUUACUUCUUCGCUAUCCGUUACGUCAGCUGUUGAAACAUUAAUUUUAGCCGAUAGGCAUAAGGAUGAAGAAAUGAUGGAAAAAGCCGUUAGUUUUAUUGCCGCUUCGUUCCAGUGCAUAAAAUCAACAGAACCGUGGAUUAUUCUUCUGCAAGAAAAUCCGACAUUAGCAACUCAAGUUCUUUCUUCGGUUGAAGAAAUAUCUGAUUCCAAAAAACCUGAUGAAGUGGAAAUUACCUGUGGUUUAAGACCGCUGAAACUGAGAGUUUGGUCUGUGUUCUAUCCCAUGCGAAAGGGUUGGGCUGACUGUAUGGUUGGAGCAGUUGUUAAAGUUGUUAAAGAAAAUAGUAGCACGAGUAUAAGACCAGUGUUUAAUGCAAGUUCUCAUUCGCCUGGUUACCCAUCAUUGAACGAUUGUUUAUCUACUGGACCAAAUUUAAUUGAAAUUAUACCUUCGAUUCUUAAUCGGUUUCGCAAGUAUUACGUUGGUGUCACUUCAGAUAAAGAAAAAGCGUUCUUGCAAAUAUCUAUAAGGGAAAAUGAUCGAGACUUUUUGAGAUUUAUGUGGUUCAGUAGGGAUAAUCAAGAACAAGUUGAACUGUAUCGGCAUAGAAGGGUAGUUUUUGGUAUUACGUGUAGUCCAUUUUGGAAAUCCAAUAUAAGAAGUGUUGUGCCAGAGGAAGAUUCCUCCACGGAAGGAGAUGUGUCUGUUUUGGGCUUUGUAUGGCAUACAGUUACAGAUACCUUAUCCUUCAAAAUAAGUCAAGAUAUAAAAUUGGAUGACCCAGUUACUAAAAGACUAGUUUUAGCAGUAGCUCAUCAGGUGUUUGACGUUAUAGGGCAUACGGCUCCUGUAAUGUUGAUUCCAAAACUAAUUUUACAGGAAACUUGGAAUUUAAGGCUUAAAUGGGACGAUAUUCUUCCCGAUGAAUUAACCAAAAAAUUUAGGUUUUGGUUUAAAAAGUUGUACUUGCUAUCCAGUAUCCAAAUACCUAGAUGGAUAGGUCUCAGAUCUAUCAAUGAAGCUGUGAGUAUACAUCUCUUUUGUGACAGUAGUAAAAGUGCGUAUGGUGCAUGCGUCUUUUUAAGAGUACAGAGUGGCAAAAAGGUGAAGAAAAAUUUCUGCAUGAAACUCCACAGUCGGGUACCUGAUAUUGACAAUGUGGACAAAGAAAAAUUGAGUAGAAGAGCGAAGUAUCUCCAGAGAAUGAGAGAAUUGUUAAGAAUAUGCUGUGAAGCAUGGAUUAGAGAAUUAACAGAAGCCGAAGAAAAAUCAGUGCAGACUCUGCCAACAUUCUGUAAGUUGUCGCGCGAUAUCCAUGCAAUGUAUCAGAAGCAAGACCACUUCGACUUGAUUGUUAUCUGCAAAGACGUGGAGAUUCCUGCUCACAAGUGCAUCCUUUCUGCCAGAUCUCCAGUAUUUGCUAAGAUGUUCCAGCACGCCACAAGUGAAAACUCCGACAACCGAAUAGUCAUUACUGACAUCGAACCUGAUGUCUUUGAGGAGCUACUGCAGUUUCUGUAUUGUGGGAAAAUAAACCCGUCCACUUACUCGAAGGCCCAUGAUUUGUAUUAUGCAGCCGAAAAAUAUUUCGUAUCGGAUCUGAAAGAUCUGUGUCGUGAUUUUAUUACUUCUUCGCUAUCCGUUACGUCAGCUGUUGAAACAUUAAUUUUAGCCGAUAGGCAUAAGGAUGAAGAAAUGAUGGAAAAAGCCGUUAGUUUUAUUGCCGCUUCGUUCCAGUGCAUAAAAUCAACAGAACCGUGGAUUAUUCUUCUGCAAGAAAAUCCGACAUUAGCAACUCAAGUUCUUUCUUCGGUUGAAGAAAUGUCUCAUUCUGAAAAACCUGAUGAAGUGUCACGUAUUUCGUGUUCCAUUAUGAAUCCGUGCUCGCUCGCAAUUUGUCACUGAAGGUAUAUACUAUCUG